AUGGAGCUGACCCGCUACCGUCGCUUUGGUGAGGUAGUCUUGGUCUGUGCAGGGCUUUUGGUUGCCUUGAGCUUCCAUGGAGGCUUGCGCUCCUCUCUUGGGAUCCUGCUGGGUCGGAACAGGGCCUUCGACCAACGAGGCAAUGGGACGCUGGAUUUCGGACCACAGAGGGUCCCAAAAGCUGAGCGGACAGCGGCCUCAAGCCACGAAGCUACGCCGCUUUGGAACGGAACGGCGGCGUCGCAGUUAAAGCAAGAGCAGGGAAGGAACUUCAUACAGCGGAAAGGAAUCGAAAGCCACAACACGACGGAGGCUCUCGUUGCUGCAAAGAACGGGACUGUAUCCCGUCUCAAGAAUCUGUCUUCCAAGCUCCAAAGCUUUUUGGCGCCCAUCUUAAACGCAGAAAGGGGCCGCUGGCUGGAGCUUCGUGGCCACUGGAUCUGGCAGGAUUCGACGUUGAGGAAGUGGAACAGCUCUCUCAAGCGUCUGCGCUGGGAAAGCGGGAACGGAAUGCCACCGACAGUUUGGUAUGGCAGCUCCUUCUUGCGGGAGCUGUACUUGGAGCAGGAGCGGCUCCAUCACGGCAUUAGCAGCCGAGCUGAGUGCGACCUGCCGCCGGAUGCGAAGCCAAGGCUCUUGAGUUCGGAGAUCCGGGGCGACCUUGCAAAGCACCUGCAGGGGGUCAGGGAUGCGCAGUGGCAUGAGAUGGAUGACAGGUAUCCGGCGCAGGAGAAUGCCAGCUGCCUGCCGGCACAGUUUGCGCCGACCCUGGGGAGCAUGAGCUCCUGUCGCUUCUCGGAUCGUGCAUGGCAGAAGAAAUGUCGGAGCUGGGAUGGCUUGGAGGGGAUCGACUUAAAUUUGUGCGGUGCCCCGGGCUUCCGCGCAAGCAGUGACUUGAACCUUGCAAUUGGCUUCAAGACCAUGCUGCACACGCCCGAUGCGGACGAGCUGUUCCUGACGCGCCUGAAGCAAGUUGGGAUGAGAGGCCUGAAUGACAGCAUCGUGCUCGUAGAGUUGGGCACUACUUGGGGCACCAGAGGGCGACGUCAGCCAUCAACGCGCGGGUCUCCCCACCUGCCAGAUCUGAGAGAGGACGAGGAGGUUCGAUACUUUGUCCACUGGGUCCAUACUGUUGCCUUUCCGGAUCGACUGGUACUGUGGAUCACUGCAUGUGGUUGCGAUCAGCGCCUCAGGCAGAGGGGUCUCACCCCUCUUAUGCGUGCAAUGUGGUACGAGGUCCAGAAAGAAUACAAAGAAGCUGCGGUGAUGGUAGACAAGUGCGUCCUCUCCACCGCAGAGUUCGGAUUUUCUGCGGGCCACGGCUGCAGGGGCCCUCUUCUGAACGUCUUGGGUCAGAUCUUGCAUGCAACCCUGCAGCAGGUGCAAGAAAAGAAGCUUACCUGGGUUCUGAGACAUGGCGCCAAAGUCCUCGAUAUCUACAUGCACCGGCUCGGCUGGGUGGCGGUCGACGACCUCUUGCAAUGCAGGCAGGUCUCCACGACCUACAGAGACAUCAAAGAGAUUGUCCGGACCUGUCCAAAGCAGCGAUUUGAAAUGCAAGACUGGAACGGCAAGACCUGGAUUCGAGCCAGUCAAGGACACUCGAUUGCCCAGGUGGCGGAUGACAUGAUGUGGGACAAAAGCAAGGUCGAAGAUUGGGACCCGCAGGAUGAGGUGGUUCACGGCACCUACCUCGACAAGUUCCUCUCGAUCCGUACGCAGGGACUCAAGAAGAUGGGGAGAAAUCAUGUGCAUCUGUGCCGGGGCUUGCCCGGAAGCGGCGUCAAGAGCGGAAUGCGCAGUAACGCCGACGUCGUCAUCUAUGUUUCACCUCACCGAGUGAUUGCCAAAUACGGGCAGUCCUUUCAAGAGAGUGCCAACGGAGUGAUUCUCACCUCUGACUUGGCACCCUGCUGUUUCAAUCGAGUGGAAUGGUGGGAUCGAACACAACAUUGUUGGAUCCGCAUUUGGGAGCCUGACCAGGUCCAUCUCGCGGACGACGUUGCAAAGGAGAAUUAUGCCUUCCACCGGGCGCUUGAAUGGGCCCAGCACAAGCUGCAAAAGGAUCGGAAGGAUAGCUGGCGCAGCCCCCGCUGUCGGUUUGGCCAGCAGGAACCACGCAAGAAGAAGCGCAUCACCAAGGCGGAGGUCCUUCAGCGCCUUAGGCGCAAGGUGCGCGCACGAUUGCGGCCUUGCAUCUCAAAGAAAGACGCAAAGGCUGCCGCCACGGAGGCGGGCAGGAAGCUCUAUCGGAUCAGGUUCCUUCCACGGCUCGGUGAUAGGGCUCCUAAGGUGCUGGCAAGGCCAGCCCUGAAGCGGAAAGCAAGCACUGCUUCGUCUUUGACGACCCCUUCUCCGAAAAGGAGACUUAUUCUACCCAAGUCUGCCCCGACCGAUUCGCCAAAGCAGGCGGAUCCCAAGGCGCAAGUGGAGUUGGCGGCUUUGAACGAGAAGCGGAAGGCAAAGGGCUUGCCAGCGACGCCAAAGAUUCCUUCGGCGAAGAAGAUGCCUACAGCUCCAAAGAGCAGGCCUUCCAUCGACUCAAGUCUGCCCCCUCCGGAGCCGAAAGAGCCGCCGAAGGGGAGAUCCGCGCCCCCGCCAAAAUGCGGCUACUUGCCACCACCGCCGCCUCCGCCUGUACCUAAAUCACCGUCCAAAGAGAUGGUCAGAUGGAACGAGGAGGCGAGCUGGGAGGACAGCACCGGCAAGUGGGAGGAGGCGACUCACGACCCUCAGCGGUCCAACAGGGAGAGAUUCGAGAAGGAUCGCAGAAAAGACGUGGAGUGGAUUCUGCGGAACCUGGACUUGGAUGAGGAAGCGGAAAAGCUGGUAACUGACGAGCAGCCUUGCGUCCAACAGGCGCUAUAUCGGCAGCUCUAUCAGCUCUACAACAAAGAGCACUGGCGCACCUCCUUGAGAAAUCCGAGCAGAUAUAUCACCGGGACUGUGCGCUCCAUACGCAAGGACUUGGAAUGGCAAUGGUCCGAACACGAGGAAGAGGUUGCGAAAGAGUACGAAAAGCUUCUCGAGGCGGAAAAGCCGAAGGUUAUUCCUCCACUGAGAGUGCAGGGGGCACAUAUCCCGGUGCCGGGCAAGGAGAAGUCACAUCUCCCGCCACCACCGCCGCCGCUUCCAUCACGUCAGGUCCGUCAGGAGUCCUCCACCGAAUCGGAGACCAGCAGCAGCAGGACAACUCCAGAGACCGUGGGAGUCCUGCGUGAGGAAGGGGGUUGGCAUCAGCAACCUCAAUGGCAGCUUGUGAAGGAGGAGGAGCGCGACUUGGGGCAGCGAGCGCAGCUGCCGGGUGUCAAGGAGGAGGUGUGGGGCUGGCAUCAGGAGCACAGCUUGCGGCAGCCAGAGCUCCGGCUGGGGCCUGUAAAGGAGGAGGCCAGAGAGAUGAGCUGGUACCGGGGACAGCAGCGCGAGGCUGCUGAUCAGGAGCAGGAGCAGGUUGCGGGCUGGCAUCAGGUGGCGCAGCCGAACGAGCAUGCUGCUGUGGAACAGGAACAUGGCGUGCGGCAGCCAGAUCCCCGUCUGCAGCGCGUAAAGGAGGAGCCUCGAGAGGCCCGGGAGUGGCAGCGAGAGCAGCGCCCCCCGCGGCAUCCGAUGGAUGAGGUGCCCUGGCGGCCGCCGCAGCAGGAGUUUGCUGCACAGGAACGUUUUUCGCGGCAGCGAGAGCAGCACCCGCACCUGCUGCCUGCAAAGGAGGAGGCUGCGGCCUGGCGGCCUCCGCAGCAUGAGCCUGCUGUUCAGGAUCAGGCCUCGAACUUGUGGCAGCAAGAGCAGCACUCGCAUUUGCAGCCGGUCAAGGAGGAGGCGUCGAAAGCACAGCAGCCGCAUCAGCACGACCCUGUCGCUGAGGAGCAGGCCCGGAACUUGCAGCAGCGAGAGCGCCCACCGUGGGCAAAGGAGGAGGUGACGAGCCAGCAGCCUCAGCAGCACGAGCUGUAUGCUGAGCAACAGGUAAGGAACUCGCAGCAGCAACGGCAGCCGGAACCGGCUCCUAUGGGGCAGGCACAUCCCUGGCACGUGCCGCAGCAUGAGCAGGUGAUGCCACCGUCGCUGCAGCAGCAACAGUGGCAGCAACAGGUGCAGCAGCAGAUGCAGCAGCAGCAGAUGCAGAGCCAGCAGCUGCGGCAACAGUUGCAGCAGCAGCUGUUUCAGAAUCCAGGGCUGCAGCAGCAGCUGUAUCAGCAGUUUUAUGUACAGGAGCAGCAACAGCAGGCGUUGUGGUACCAUGAGUACCUGCGUUGUGGGAUCCCUCACGAGCGAGCGGUUCAAUUGGCACAGGCGAAGAAUCGGCAGCAAGAAGAGAAGAAGGCUGAACGGCGCCGACAGAAACAAGCCGAGGAGGAGAAAAGACGGGCCGAAGAGGAGGCCGAGGCCGAGACAAGGCGGGCCGCCGAAGAGGCCGAGAAGAAACGCCGUGCCGAGGAGGAGGAGAAGAGCCGCCGCAAGGCGCUGGAGAAGAAGCGCCACGAGGAAGCGGAGCGGAAGCGUGCCGAAGAGGAGGAGGAGAGGAAGCGUCGCGAGGAGGAAAAGGAAAAGAAAGAAGCGGAAGAGAGAACGCAUCUUCAAGAGGAAAAUUCCAAGAUCAGGAAGCAGCUCGAAGAGGAUGAGGCGGAGAGGAAGCGUUGCGAGGAGGAAAAGGAAAAGAAAGAAGCGGAAGAGAGAAAGCAUAUUCAAGAGGCAGAGGAGAAAGCGGCCAUGCUAAGAAAGAAACUCGAAGAGGCACUCGAAGAGGAAAGAAGGCGGAAGCAGGAGGAGGAGGAGGAUCGAGCAAAGGAAGAGGAGGCUCUCCGCCAGCAGAAAGAAAAAGGCGCCCUGGAUCUGCACAGGAAGCAAAAAGAACAGGAGGCGGAGCGGAAGAAGAAAGACCAAGACAAGAUGAGGGAAAAGAGGAUGAAGUCGCAAAUGGAUUUUGUCCUCCAUGCUUUUCCAGAAAGCGCAGAUCAGCCGCAGGGCAAGAAGAAGAAGGAGGGGCGGAAAGCCAAGGCCCAGGCUGAGGAGAUGGCCGAUCCAGACCAGGAGUAUCUGAAGACGCCGAAGGAAGGUGUGCCGAUCGCGGACAAGGAAGCACUGAUCGGAAGGUUGCGGCCACGCCUGGAGGAACUCAAGGUCAAGGAGGCGAAGAAAGAUGCGGAGAAGGCGUCAGUGCCGACGCUCACAUCUGCUGCUGCCGCUCCUGCUUCGGAGGCGAAGACAGCCUCCCGGCAACGGAAAGCAUGGAAGCCCCCGAUCGAUGCACACAUCAGGAACCUUCGCCUGUCCUUGCCGGCCGCGGCCAAGAGGCCUCCUCGUGCGUCGCUGACGGCUGCUGUCGCUGCUGAGGCUUCCGCGGCGAAGGCAGGAAUCGAGUGCCCAGGUGAUGCGAGGGAGCGGGAGUAA